UAUCUAUUUCGAGUAACCAGUGCACAAGUUCUUGAAUCAUUUCUUGAACAAAAUCUCUAAACUAAAACAUAGUCAGAGCUACUUCUUUAAAAGAAGGACUAACACCUAUGUAAAAAUGAGCCAAGAAAAAUAUAAUAUAAAGGAAAAAGCUCGAGCCUUCACAGUUAGUGAGGUUGGUGCAAGUCAGCUAGAACAUAUAUUGACUAUGCUUUCCAGUGGUUCUAACCCCAUUGACCUUAAUGACGAGUUUGUAAAGGAGUUAGCUGAAAUGUUUGAUCCUGAUUUGUUAAAAAAGUAUAUCAACGAAAACAAGAAGAAGUUAGAGAAUAUGGUUAAGGCAGCAUGCUACGUGCCUCCUAAGAGAUCUAAACCCAAAGUUAUGAACACUUCUCAAUUACUUAAUGCUUGCAAAAUGAAGAAAGCUUCAGGACAAAAAACUACUGACACUGCAGAAUCUUAAGUCAUUGUUUUGAUGGCAAAAAAUUAUUAACUUUUCUUUCAAAUAUACUCAGGAUGCUUCUUUAUUGGCAAAGUUAAAAUGCCAUUAUUAAAAAGGUUUUUAUCAAAGUUACUGUAAUUUCAUCUGUUUUAUUUUAAUUAAGCUGUAUAAUAUAACACAGUGUUUAGUUACACACAAUUGUACUUUACUCUUAUAAAAAUAAAAACUAUAUUCUUAA